AUGAAGGGAUCUGAAGCUAUGCUUCCUUGUCAAAACCGUUCUGCUCCUUCUCUUCACUCAAACGCUCUGUCUAAGAGUGUUUCCUACUGGGGUUGGAGAUUUGCAAACACAAAGUUCGAGUCUUGGGCUAUAGAAAUGGCUGCUUUACAUGAACCCACUUGGAGAGAAGCUGGCAUUUUUGAAGCAGUCAUGGCAUCCAUAUACAGAAUCCCUAAAAACCCGGAUCUUAUUCUGGGUAUUGCUGAGAAAUGGUGUCCUUACACCAAAACCUUUGUUUUCCCUUGGGGUGAAACAGCUGUCACACUUGAAGAUGUUAUGGUGCUUUCAGGUUUCUCUGUUUUGGGUUCACCUGUUUUUGCCACUCUGGAUAGCUCAGGAAAGGAGGUUAAGGCGAAACUGGAUAAAGAGUGGAAGAAGAUUAAGAAAGCUAAAGUCAAUUUCGUAACACAAGUAGCAUGGAUGGAGAGAUUCAUGGACAGUGGUGAUGAGCUUGAGCAUGUGGCUUUCCUCGUCUUGUGGCUUAACUAUUUUGUGUUUCCAUCACGCUUGUAUCAUCUCUAUAAAGCUGUUUUCCCAAUUGUUGUUCAUCUUUCAACUGGUACUAGGAUUGCUCUUGCCCUUGCUGUUCUUGCACACUUAUAUGCUGAGCUAAGUCUCUUAAAAAAACACAUCACAGCUUUCAGUGAAUCGACGAGUACGGCUAGAAUUGAUCUCACUGCCCUGUUUAAGUUGCUUCAAGUUUGGACAUGGGAGAGGUUCAAGGAACUACAUCCCAAUCUUGAUGUUGAAUUUGUCUCCUUUGCUCGAUGCAUUAAGGUGUCUCAGCUUGUUGGAAUUGACAAUGUGGAGCAUUACUUUCCCAAUCGAGUGGCUUCACAGUUUGGGAUGCUUCAAGAUGUUCCUUGUGCUGUUAACCAGAACAACCUCUCACAGGAGGCAGCUUGGAAUGAUUACAAUAAGCCUAUUAACGAUUUAGCAUUAUUCAUUCCUUCACGUUCUGCAAUACCUCGUGUUACUCCAACGUUCUGCGAAUGGUGGAGGAGGUCGUUUCCAGAAUUCCAGACUUCUUCUAAGGAUAAGGAUGCUAAUGAAUCAGCUGAAACAUUGAAAGCUAGAGACAGAAAAAGCCUAGGGGCUGAUACUAGUUUUGUUCCUUCUGGCUCCAAGAUGAACAAGAAAGGCAAGGAUAAUAUGAAAAUUCAUGCUCAGGAUUCGACAAACACAAGACGCAAGAACAUAAAGCAAGAAUAA